AUGCCUCCGUGGGAUCUGGGAGGCCGCGCGAGCAAGGUCACCGUGCCGCCCCCGGUGCCGACGCCCGGCUUCCCGCAGCCCUUGGUUGGUGUCCUGCGGGUUCACCUCCAAGGGCGUCCCGGGCCUCGGCUUGGCUUCCGGCCGGGCCUGGGCCCUGGGGGUCCCCCAGCGCGGCCCCUCGCUUGUGCCGGCGGGCGCGGGAGUCCCCGUGGGCGCGGCCCGGGCGGGCUCUGGCGGAGGACGGUGCUCGUAGUCACAGCCUGCCGUGGUCUCCGUGGCGGCCGGCGGGGCCCGUCCCCGGGGCUGUCCCUGAUCCCGUCCCCGGCCGUGUCCCCGGUCCCGUCCCCGAUCCCGGCCCCGUCCCCGGGCUCUUCCCCGAUCCCAGCCCCGUCCCCGAUCCCGACCCCAGGCUCGUCCCCGGUCCCGUCCCUGACCCCGGCCCCCGUCCCCGGCCGUGUCCCCGGUCCCGUCCCCGAGCCCGUCCCCAGUCCCGUCCCCGGUCCCCUCCCCGGGCUCGUCCCCGGCCGUGUCCCCGGUCCCGUCCCUGAUCCCGUCCCCGGUCCCGUCCCCGACCCGUCCCCGGCCGUGUCCCCGGGGCUCCCUGCCUGCGGGGCCGGGCCUUCGGGGUCGGGAGACACUUGCCUCCGACCCUGCGGUGAACUGGGGCGGAGAGCCUGGGUCUCGCCGGGUCGCCGUGCGCUCGCUGCCGUUUCCUGCCCCCUGCCCAGACACGGAGCGCGGGUGAGACGCGAGCCCCUCGGGUCCCGUCCGCCGCACCUGCGGCCCCGCCCCGCCGAGCUCCUGCCGCGUUUCCUUCGCGUUCGUACGCGCACGGCUGCGUAUCCCUGUUGGUGUUUCCCGCUGGCGGGACCAGAAUGCGCGGCGUCGGCCACCCGGCCUGUGGGUGCUGGGCGAGCGCACGGCGGAGCGCCUGCCCUGAGGCCGCCGGUAGGAGCCGAGGCCCUCGGACGGGACGGGAGACGGGCCGGUGCUCCGGGGCACCCGCCAGCGGCGGAGCCAGGCGGAGGCUUUGUUCACGGGGUCAGAACCUUGUCAUCGUCGGCCACCGGGAUGCGCUGA